AUGCUCUUGUCUCGCGUCGACCGCUUCCCAUGUUCUGGCGACCGCUGCUCCGAAUGCGCGCUCUCGUUCCCCCACUCUGAUCACCCGCCAUCACCGCCUGGACUCGGUUUGCCGCCACUCGGCCUGCCACUCGGCCUGCCACUCUCAAAACACGUAUCAUCCAUCCUCCCCCUACAGAACUGACAAAACACCCAGUCGAGGGCUUCUCCGCCGGGCUGAUCGACGAUGACAACGUCUACGAGUGGGAAAUCACCAUCUUCGGGUCCGUACGACCCUCCCCCCACCCGUCGGACUCGAUCCACGACUAACCCCCGCUCAUCUUCUACAUCGUCCUGCCACCUUUCCCUACCACCCUUCCAGUCCUCCCGACACAUUGUACGAAGGUGCCUUCCUCCGAGCGACGCUGACGUUCCCGCAAGACUUCCCACUCCGACCGCCCAAGAUGAAGUUCUUGACCGAGAUGUGGCACCCCAACAGUGCGUUCGCUACGAGAGAUACAGGCGAGACGUCGAUGCUGACUCCUCCGAAUCGACCGUCGGGCUGCGCGCAGUCUACAAGAAUGGUGAAGUCUGCAUCUCGAUCCUCGUAAGUCCGAGCGGCGAGUCUUGACCUUGACGAACCAGCAUUGAGCCGCUUGUUCCUCCCUCCCUCCCCAGCAUGAACCUGGAGCCGAUCAGUACGGGUUCGAAGACGCCUCCGAACGAUGGUUGCCUGUUCACGGCGUCGAGUCGAUUGUACGUGCUUCGACAGACCCGAUUGACCUACUCCGAGCGAUCGGCUGACGAUGCAACACAUGCCGAUUACCCCAAAACAGUUGAUCUCGGUCAUCUCGCUCCUGUCCGCGGACACGCCGAAUACUGACUCGCCCGCCAACGUCGAUGCUGCAGUACGUCCCACAUGAACGUUCUGCGUCGAAUCAGCUUGGCAUGCUGAUCCUCCCCUUCACCAUCCUCGAUGCGUACAGAAGGAAGUGAGGGAAGACAUCCAAGGCUACCGCAAAAAGGUCCGACGACUGGUCAGGAAAUCCGCCGAGGAUUGCUUCUAG